GCACAAUAGCAAAAAGAAUGAAAUUACAGAAAUACAGUGGGUGGAGAAACUAAUGACAAGGGGCGGACAUUUCAAUGCCAAGAAGCACCAAGAUAUAUACACACAUUAUACAUACAACCACCCCCUGCCUACAUAUACAAUUUUCAUCUCCAUUUCACUUGAUUAAUCUCCGAGAUCUCUCUCAUUUCCAUGGAGUCUGCUGCUCUUCUCCGUUCCUUCCAAUGCACUGGUUCAAACAUGCGGUCUUCCCUUGAGAAAGCAACAUGGUCUAUCUCAAAUAGAUGUCCCAUCCAAGGCUUGACUGUUGGCAGAAAUUUUGUUUCAUCCCCUUCAAAGAGAGAACUAAGAGUAAUAGCUUGUGUUAAGACAUCUGACUCUGCAAUCGUUGCAAAAUCUGAAGAUAGCUGCUCUCAAGGGUCAGUGGAAAAGACUCCAUUCCGUGGUGCAACAUUUCCAGGCGGAUUUGAGGCACUAGUAAAGGAGGUUUGUGAUGAGACUCAGAUUGCUGAGCUGAAGUUAAAGAUUGGAGAUUUUGAAAUGCAUCUUAAGAGGAACAUCGAAUCCCCAGUUGCUGUUGCUCCUCCUGUAGCACCUGCCCCUGUUCCAACAGCACCAAAGACUGAAUCUACCCCUGCUUCUUCAGCACCUUCUCCAACAAAAGCCUCACCAGUGAAGACCAAUCCAUUCACAAAUAUUCCUGUAGAGAAGUCAAGGAAAUUAGCUGCUCUGGAAGCGUCUGGAGCUAGUGGAUAUGUUCUAGUUGCUUCUCCUACAGUUGGAUCAUUCCGAAAGGGUAGAACGCUCAAAGGAAAGAAACAACCUCCAAGUUGUAAAGAAGGAGAUCUAAUCAAAGAAGGCCAAGUGAUCGGCUUUCUAGAUCAGUUUGGCACUGAGCUGCCUGUUAAGUCAGAUGUUGCUGGCGAAGUCCUGAAACUUCUGUUUGAUGAUGGUGAAGCUGUUGGUUAUGGAGAUCCCCUUAUUGCUGUCUUGCCAUCAUUUCAUGGAAUCAGGUAAACACAGUUGUGUCUGCAGCCUUCAUCUUCAUUGGAGAAAAUAUUACCCUUGCUUGGAUGGCAGGCACAGAUAUAGUUUGUAAUAUGUACCUUUUGCUACUCAUCAGUUGAAUCGGUUACAGAUCAAACUGAUUUGUUUAGGCAGUUUAAAAUUGUGUAAGCUAUGAGAUGAUUUGGAACACCGGCCUUUUUUUUCCUUGUGGAAAAUGAAAUUAUGAUGCAACCAUAGAAAUUGAAGAAGUGAACAGUUGCUCCUUUUUUAAUAUUAGCUCAGUUCUCGCUUUUGCCAA